GAGCGCAUGCGUACGUCAGUCGCGUCCCGACCGCCGAACCGUUCGUCAACUCCGGCGCAUCUUACCAUAUUAUUUGGAUUGCUUAUACCGAAUGUGAUAAGUGUUGAACAGUUUACGGACUUCAGAACUUUUUAUACGGAUUUUGGUGUUUGUGAAUAUUAGUGCAAGAUGCUUGUGGAAGAUUCGCAAAUGUCUAGUUCACCGAUGACCAAAAAAUACGCGCACUGUCCGCUGAAGAAGCGGCCGGUGCGGGAGGAGCGGCCGGCGACACCGCCCACUACGCCGCCGCACCCCGCCCACUUGGCUACACGACUUUAUUAUGAUUACAACUGUGACAUGGAAAAUGACGAACCUGAGAAUUUAAGCACAAAGCCUGAAGAUCUCUCAAAAACUGGAAAUUAUCCCAGCAAGGCAUCGUCACCGAUGUCCACGGCCUCCGUAAAAGUGGAACCUCGUGAGUGGCAGCAACAGCACCUCGAUUACCUGUCGGCGUGUCGCUCGCGGCUUGAGCCCACUCCUGCGCCGCCGGAGCUCGCGCGCCCCACGCCGCAGUACGCCUAUCUUCCGACACUCUACACCUACCCUUUCGAAGAACUCUACCCAGCUACACCCACUAUAUCGCCGCCUGCUCAUCCGCAACUGUACCCCCGCUACUCUCCCGCAUCGCCACCUUCCUCCUGUUCACCGCCGCCUUGUCCCGAGGACCUCCGUUCCCCGGGCUCAGUUUCCUCAGACUCCGGGGUUUCCGUCUCGGCACCUCGCAGGCCCCGCUAUCAAUGCCCAGACUGUGCCAAGUCCUAUUCGACGUACUCUGGCUUAUCAAAACACCAGCAAUAUCACUGUGCCGCCGCCGAAGGAAGUCUUGCCAGAAAAUCGUUUAGCUGCAAAUUCUGCGCUAAAGUAUACACGUCUCUUGGAGCGCUCAAGAUGCAUAUCCGAACUCACACGCUGCCCUGCAAGUGUCACUUGUGCGGCAAGGCGUUCUCGCGGCCGUGGCUGUUGCAGGGGCAUAUCCGCACGCACACGGGAGAAAAACCAUUCUCCUGUCACCACUGUCGCCGCGCUUUCGCCGACCGGUCGAACUUGCGAGCUCAUCUCCAAACCCAUUCGGAUGUCAAAAAAUACUCGUGCACCGGAUGCGGCAAAACGUUCUCGCGCAUGUCGCUCCUGAGCAAGCACUUGGAAGGCGGGUGCGGUGUCGCCGGGGCCUCGCCCUACGAGUAUCGGCCCGAGGCGCUGCCGCAGUCUCACGUGCACCAAGCCUUGCCCCCGACCGCUCCAGUGCACGCGUACUGACAAGACUGAACCCGCUGUAUAUUCGAUCUCGUAGCCUAGAUAAAUUUCUCUCACAUUCUUUACAUGCUACAACAUCGCCUUAGUUGUUAAGAUUAAAUUAUUUUUGUAAAUUAUACAGAAUCAAGACGUGUGUUAAUAUUUAGUUCGUAAGCCGCAGUGCCGUGUGUCAUUAGUUUACUUAGAUUAAGAUGUAGAGCGUAAGUUAACAUAGGUCUUGUAGAUAGUUCAGCCGCUUCUAGGCGGAGUCGCUAGUCAUGUGGCAUUUGCCGAAAAAAUCUAUUUUUGAAUCCUAAGCCAUGUACAAAGUGCCUUAAUUAUAAAUGAUUAAUAUAUUAUUGGAAAAUAUAAAACAGUAUGUCAUUAGACGCUACUAUGUUAUAAUAUAAGUACAUGUUAGUACCUAUUUAUGAGGCUGUAAUAUUUAUAAAAACUAUUGCCGUUUUGCGUUCCUUUCUGU